GUAUGUGUGCAGGUGCUGGAUCGAUGACUCGCAGCAUUUGAUACGCUAGCUUUUGAUGCAGCAUUGCGAUAACCCAAAAUCCUUCUCGAUGGUGUUACCUUGGAAACUAGUGAACAACUUCCUGGAAGAUGGCGGAGGAGAAAGCGCGCACGGAUCUUCAGCUCCCAGUGGCCACUGAUACCAAGAGAUCCCAUCCCAAAAAAGCGCCGGAGCUGCCCAUCCUGGAGAGGAGGAACUGGCUCAUCCACCUGCACUACAUCCGCAAGGACUAUGACACCUGCAAGGCCAUUAUCAGAGAGCAGCUGCAGGAGACACAGGGAAUGUGUGAAUACGCCAUCUAUGUGCAAGCGUUAAUACUCCGUUUGGAGGGGAAGAUCCAGCAGUCCCUGGAGCUCUUUCAGAGCUGUGCGAUCCUCAACCCCACGAGCUCCGACAACCUGAAGCAGGUGGCCCGCUCCCUGUUUCUGCUUGGUAAACACAAGGCUGCCAUUGAGGUUUACAAUGAAGCUGCCAGACUCAAUCAGAAAGACUGGGAGAUUAACCACAAUCUGGGUGUGUGUUAUAUCUACACCAAAGACUUCAAAAAUGCUGAGGAGCAGUUAAAUCUUGCCCUGCAGUUGAACAAGCAUGACUUGACAUACAUGAUGCUGGGAAAGAUUCACUUAUUGGAUGGGAACACGGAAAAGGCCAUCGAAGUGUACAAGAGGGCUGUUGAGUUUUCCCCAGAGAACACCGAUCUCCUGACUACGCUGGGUCUCCUCUACCUGCAGCUCGGAACAUAUCAAAAGGCAUUUGAGCAUCUUGGGAACGCCCUAACUUAUGACCCCAACAACUACAAGGCGAUCCUGGCGGCCGGCAGCAUGAUGCAGACCCACGGCGAUUACGAUGUGGCCAUGAACAAGUACCGCGUGGCGGCCUGCACCGUGCCCGAGAGCCCCCCCCUCUGGAACAACAUCGGGAUGUGCUUCUUCGGCAAGAAGAAAUACGUGGCAGCCAUCAGCUGUCUGAAGAGGGCCAAUUACCUGGCUCCGUUUGACUGGAAGAUCCUGUACAACCUGGGGCUGGUGCACCUGACCAUGCAGCAGUACGCCUCCGCGUUCCACUUCCUCAGCGCCGCCAUCAACCUGCAGCCCCGGCUGGGCGAGCUCUACAUGCUGCUGGCCGUUGCCCUCACUAAUCUGGAUGACGUGGAGAAUGCCAGGCGGUCCUACGAGCAGGCGGUCUCUCUGGACCAAUCCAACCCGCUUGUGAAUCUGAACUUCGCCAUCCUGCUGUACAACCAGGGGGACAAGAAAGCGGCCCUGCUGCAGUACCAGGAGAUGGAGCACAAGGUCAACAUGCUGAAGGAGAGUGGGAGCAGUCUGGAGUUUGACUCUGAGCUGAUAGAAAUGGCCCAGAAGAUGGCAGCUGCUCUCCAGGUGGGAGAGACCCUGGUGUGGACCAAACCGGCCAAGGACUCCAAAUCCAGGCAGCACGCGGCUGCCCCCAGCAAGGCCGCCGGCUCCCAGCAGCCCCUGGGCAGUAACCAGGCCCUGGGCCAGGCCAUGUCCUCUGCAGCCGGCUACAGCAAGAGCAUCCAGCUCUCCACAGGCUCCGCCCCCGUCAGCCAGCCGAAGCCCCCCUCUCUGCCCCUGGAGCCUGAGCCUGAUGUGGAGAGCGCCCCGUCCCCCCCCACUGAGCCCCCAGGGCCCCCCGAAACCGAGGAGCCCCAAAAGCCCAGAGAGAAGAGGAGGAGCAAGCCCAAGCCCGUGGCUGAGUAGCACAGGGGUUCUGACCGAGCCGCACGCUCCCUGGGAAAUCCACUCCCCCGCUGAACCCUUCUAAAGCGCAGGCCGUCUCUCCGUUGCUGUAAACCUGAAUGAUUUUCAGGCAGUUACCACCACGCUGUACUUUUUUUAAAAAGUCAACGUUGAAUAGCUGAGCACUUUCUUCAGACCACCGCGUUGGUUAGGUGGAUUUCCCAGGGGCAGUGACAGGUUUUUAUCCCUGUUAUAAUCACCCCCACCACACACUAAAUAACAAGGGAACACAUGUCCCCAGUCUCUUGUAUGAGGUGUCUCUGCAUCCUGCAGGUCCAUGACUUUCAUCGGUGAUCGCACAGUGUGGUCGGUACACUUUGUGCUUAACGCGCGUCACAUAACUGCCCACACAUUGUUGCUUGCCUGUGGCUUGUAUGUGGAUGAUGGCAACAAUAUGCUUUGCAUUCCAUAAAAGUGAGCUGCUUCUAUAAAUGUAGUCAUUAAAACUUGACCGCCUCUCAACUGACAAGAGGCAGGCUGUAGGUCCUCAGUAUAGGAACACAGGGUUUACGAGGUGCACAAGCUCUUUCUAGUGACAGCACUCCUUUAUUUACCUCUAUAUUUAUGUUGAGAUUUUGAUAGCUGAAGCAAAAGAAGCGGUAAUGGGUUCUCUCGAGGUUAGCAGAUAAGCAGUAAGUCUGUAUUUGAAACAAGGUUUUGUCCCUCUAGCACAGCUGAAAUUAUAGUAUUUUAUUAAUUAUUUUAGGAUUUACAUCUGUGUAUGCAGAUACAUUUGCGAAUAUAUUAGACUAAUUUGUUAUAAAAGAAUAAGCCAGGUUGUAUCAGUUUAAUAAUUUCUGUAAAGUGUGUUGUAUAGUUGUAUAGUGCACUUUAAUCUAUUUAAAUUACGUGGAGCGGAUGAAAAAGCCAAAGAUUUGAAAAAUGUUUGAGGAGGGCAAUGAGAUGCUGCCCUGGAUGCAAUCGAUGUAUUGUAUUUUUCAAAUUCCGGUCAUUCAAAAUCUUUGAACCCAAGCAAUUUGUAGAGCUUGUACAUAAAAACAUGCAAUUUAAUGUUUUCCGAAUGGAAAAGGUUGGACCUGAGACUUUAGAAUUUGGGCCUACUGCCUGCAGCGCAAAACAUUCACUGUAACUGAAAUUCUUGAACCCACUGAGUAUGAAUAGUGUAUGAAUAGUGUAUCUGGGAAUUUUACCCAAGAUUGAAGUGGGUCCGAUAAUGUGGGUCCAUUUGGAGCAUGGAUCAUCUGGCUAUAAGCUGUGUGAGAAGAAUAGUUUUGACUAUCAUGUUUCUUAGCAUGCGCUUGAAUGUCAGUGGGUACACUUGGGGGUUCAGGUAAAAAUGUUUUUUUUUUUUGUUUUUUUUACGGAUUAAUCCUGGGUCUGGUAAAUGAGGAAUGUAUUUUCAAGAGAAAAACUUUAACAGGAAACAUUUAUUUCUUCAUUUAUUGAAAUAGUUUAUAUAAAAACACAAAAAAAUAAACCAGUCUAAAGUAGUCCAAGUUGAAGGCUCAAAAGUUAAUACUACUCAAGUGUCUAACAUUGAAUGCUUAAGAGGGCUUUCCUGAUUGCCCUAUCAUUACUGAGGACAUUGCAUAUUGUUUCACGUUGUGCAAAGACUCCUUUCAUUUUGUGUUCUGUUACAGAAUUUAAAAUGUGUACAUUCAAAAUAAAAUAAUUUGGUGAGAAA